AUGUCUUUGCGGACACUUUUCCGUAAACUCUAUUCAAAUGACUAUCUGUUUGUGACAAACGUCUCAUCGGGUGCUCUGCUUCUGGUGGCCAGCGAUGCCAUACAACAGGCCGUCGAACGGCGUUUCCUAAUCAACAGCCGAAUCGCUGCCGAUAACGACCAGUCCAUAGCUACCUAUGACCGUAAACGAGCCGCAAAAAUGGCCGGCUGUGGUAUCUAUUUUGGCGUUUUAGGCCACUAUUGGUACCGAUUUCUUGACCGACGUUUUCCGAUCGGCAAACCACUAGCCAUACGCAACAAAUUGCUUUGCGAGGCAGCCCUGAGUCCGCCGUUUGCCGGUUCGCUUUUUCUGGUAGCCGGUGCGGCCAGUGGCCAGUCGUGGCCGGAAAUCAAGGGUCAAAUUCGGGACAACGCCGGCUAUAUAUGUCUAGUCGACUAUGCGAUAUUCCUGCCGUUACAGUAUCUAAACUUUCGGUUUGUACCACCAAACCAACGGUUACUAUUUGUGGCGGCCGUUGGUAUCGUUUACGAUAUGUUUCUAUCAUUUGUAUUGAAUAGACAUUCAACUAAUAACACUAUAACAUCUAAAACGGACGGUUUAGUUGCGGUAUAAUUAAUAUAAUGUAUUU